AUGUCGGUUGUAUCUGCACAAAGCAAACGAUCCAGACCCGGCAGCUCGUUGGAGAUUCCUUCUCCUUCCGACAUUUCUUCCUCCUCAAGCCGACAACGCCAGUCUAAAAAGGAUGAGGCCAUUCGUAAGAAGAUUGAGCAAGAAUUGUCAAAGAAGCGUGGCAGCACCAGUCGCAUUCGACACACGAGAAAAGUCGCUGGCACUGUUUCAGCGUUGAGACCAGCUCAGGCACUCACUGUUCGAGAUCAUAUAUCGGUGAUGGAAGCUGCUCAGUUGAUGGCUGCUAAACGAAGUGAUUGUGUACUCGUGGUGGAUGAUGAAGGACAUCUUAGUGGCAUCUUUACGGCCAAAGAUCUCGCUUAUCGCGUUGUUGCUUCACAUAUGGAUGCAAGAGCAACCACCGUCAACGAUAUCAUGACACGUAAUCCAAUGUGCGUCACCGCUGAUACUUCUGCUCAAGAUGCGUUGAACCUGAUGGUGUCUCGUGGUUUCCGUCAUUUGCCCGUUUGCAAUGAGGAAGGCGACAUCUUCGGCUUGUUGGAUAUCACCAAAUGUUUGUAUGAAGCAUUGAACAAGAUGGAGCGUGCAUAUGGAUCAUCUCGCAAGCUAUACGAUGCAUUGGAAGGUGUCGAACGUGAAUGGAAUACGAAUAGCCCCGCUCAACUUGUUCAAUACAUGGAAGCAUUACGCGAGAAGAUGUCAUGCCCUGAUUUGACAACGGUGUUGGAUAAUUCGGCUCCAGUGCAAGUUCCUGUCAAGGCCAACGUUCGUGAUGUUGCCAGGCUUAUGAAAGAGCAUCAUACCACGGCUGUCUUGGUGAUGGAUCAUGGUGGAUUGGCUGGUAUCUUUACGUCCAAGGAUAUUGUGCUUCGUGUCAUUGCUGCAGGUCUUGCACCCGAGACAUGUUCUGUUGUUCGUGUCAUGACACCUCAUCCUGAUACAGCAUUGCCCACUACUAGCAUUUUGGAUGGCUUGAAGAAAAUGCAUGAUGGGCACUAUCUCAACCUACCGGUGAUUGAUGACGAUAAGCAGAUUGUGGGAUUAGUCGAUGUUCUUCGAUUGACCUAUGCUACGCUUGAUCAGAUCAACAGCAUCGAAGGCAAUGGAAAUGAUGGUGGCAAGUUUUGGAGUAGCAUGUUGGCUGGUGACCACACGGAGACCGAUUCGGCCAUUUCAGAUUCUUUAUCUCAAGCCGCCAAUUCGCACAUGUUCCAGCCACCUGUAAGCCCACAUCCUGAUCGCACCAUGUCGCCACAUAGUCAUGCUGGUAUCGGUGGUAGCCAACAUCCUGCUUAUUCGGAAGUGAUGCCUGGUGAUAGCACUUCAGUAGCCAAUGCCGAUGACAACCGAUCCACUGUAUCAUCCCACGCUGCUGCUGGCACCUUUGCAUUCAAGUUUAAUUAUGGUUCCAAGGCACACCGCUUCCGAUGCGAAUACUCCAGCUAUGCCGUUGUACGUGAUCAUGUACGACAAAAGAUCAUGCCCGACCAUUUGUCCUUGUCGCAAUCGUAUGUAAAGGUCGAUGCUGAAGAACAAGAACAUGAUGGCGACAAUUGGCUCAAUAUUGCUUAUCUCGACGAUGAAGAUGAUGAGGUCUUGAUGACUUGUGAUUCUGAUCUACAAGAUGCAGUGGAACUUGCACGUAAACAAGGACAUGAUCGCGUACGUUUAUUUGUUCAUGAUGCCCUCGCCGAACAACAACAACAACAACAACAACAAAAGGCUGCUGAAGAAGCUGCUGCUGCUGCUGCUGCACAAGCAUCUGUUGAAGAAAGCAUGACAACCACGCAAUCAGGUACAAUGGAUGCUCCUCCUGGUCAACCUACAAUUUCAGCUAUGCAACAAGAAAUGGAAAAUGAGGAUGACAAUGAUAAGCAACAUCAACGAUCAAUUCGACGUCGUCAUCGCCAUCGUCAUGAUAAUGAAGAUUCGAGUGAUAUUGAAAGCGCAACAUCUGAGGAUGAAGAUGAAGAAGAAGAGCAGGGUCAAAUGGAAAGACAACGUCGUCAUCGUCAUCGUCGUCGUGGUGGAAAACGAGAUGCAGCUGUCGAUCUCAAUUUGCCGAUACCACAAGAGAUGCUAUUGCCUGCAGCGAUCACUUUUCUCGGUGUGGUGAUCCUUGGUGUAUUUACAAUUACCAAGCUCACAGGAUCGUCAUCCGAUCGACGCUUUUAA